GUUCAUGUCCGCGGACGAUCCACGGACACACACAGGCAGGUCUGCGCUGCGCGUGUCUGCAUCUGCCGGUGUCGCAUCCACGGACCGGGUCCCUCAGAUCCACGGACCAGGUCUGUGUCUCAGAUCCACAGACCGGGUCUCAGUCUAAAAUCCACGGACCGGGGCUCUUGCACCCCCCAGGACCGGGUCUGUGUCUCAGACCCACGGACCGGCUCCCCGGACCCCCGGUGUCCCUGCUCCGCGUGCGCGCCUCCCUCCCGCGGCUCCUUGCGCGCGGACCGGUCUGCGUCUCCGGUGGAAUCCGGACUCUUCUCCUCGUGACUCUGUUUGGUUCCACGCCGCCGCCGCUCGGGGACUGGAGGACAAUGUGACCGUGGACCGUGUGGAUUAGUGUUCGUGACGGGGCUCGGCGGACCGGCUGUCCACAGUGACAUGGGCGUCUCUGCAUUGAUGGUCACAUGAAUGUCAGCGCUUCAGGCCCGAUGCCGGAGAUGGAGGAGCUCGGCAGUGAGAGCGACAGCAUGCCAAAGCGGAUGGCUCUGAUCUGCUUCCUGUCUCUGGUCAUGCUGAUGAGCAUCCUGGGAAACCUGCUGGUCAUGGUGGCCGUCUGCAAGGACCGACAACUCAGGAAAAUCAAGACCAACUACUUCAUCGUGUCGUUGGCGUUCGCUGACCUGCUGGUGUCGGUUCUGGUGAUGCCGUUCGGAGCCAUAGAACUGGUCCACCAGCACUGGAUCUAUGGGGAGACCUUCUGCCUGGUCCGGACAUCGCUGGACGUCCUGUUGACUACGGCGUCCAUCCUGCAUCUGUGCUGCAUCGCCCUGGACAGGUACUAUGCCAUCUGCUGCCAGCCCCUCGUCUACCGGAACAAAAUGACGCCGAUGCGAGUGGCGCUGAUGAUUGGCGGCUGCUGGGUCAUCCCCACCUUCAUUUCCUUUCUACCCAUCAUGCAGGGCUGGAACAGCAUCGGCAUCGACCACCUGAUCGAGCAGCGGAGCCACAGUGAAGGCACUAACUCCACGUCGUGCGUUUUCAUGGUCAAUAAACCGUACGCGCUGACCUGCUCCGUGGUGGCCUUCUACAUCCCCCUGGUCCUCAUGGUGCUGGCCUACCAGAGGAUCUACGUCACCGCCCGCGCCCACGCCCGCCAGAUUAGCAUGUUACAGCGAGCGGGCGGUGCCGGCUCCAGCGCCCCCUGUUCUUCUGGAGCCGGGUCGGCGUCGGACUCGGCCGACCACCAGCGGAACCACCGCAUGCGGACAGAGACUAAAGCGGCCAAGACGCUGUGCAUCAUCAUGGGCUGCUUCUGCCUCUGCUGGGCGCCGUUCUUCAUCACUAACAUUGUGGACCCGUUCAUCGACUACACGGUGCCGGACCAGCUGUGGGCGGCCUGUCUAUGGCUGGGGUACAUCAACUCCAUGCUCAACCCCAUCCUCUACGCCUUCCUCAACAAGUCGUUCCGCCGUGCCUUCCUCAUCAUCCUGUGCUGUGGGAGGAAGCGGUACCGCCGCCCGUCUAUCCUGGGUUCCACCGCCCAGUGCACGGCCACGCAGAUCAACGGCUCCACCCACGUCCUCAAGUAUUCCGUCCUUCACAACGGGAAUCACACGGAGCAGGAGAAGAGGUCUCUGCACACCGACACCGAGUCCCACGAGUCCUGUUUGUGACGACGCCGACUCUCCGUCACAUCUCAACCACGAUGACCACCGCAUCGAUGGACGCCAGCGCCGCCGCUACGACCUCCGCCGAGCUCCACCAACCAAAGCCAACACGGAACUUUACGGAGGCAGGACGAAGGCGGCGGCGGGUGUCUGGUUUCAGGCGGCGGCAGGGACUGGUGGACUGGACCCAGGCCGGUCUCUGAGAUUCUGAUGCUGGUUUUUGUCGAUGAAACCACGACGACCACCAUCAUACCUGUUGUUAUCGAGGUCUGUGUCUGUUUGCGAACUCCGGGUCGUCUUGUGGAGAACUGUGAGCUUCGGUGGUGCUUUCAGAAGCUUUUUGCGACAUGAGAUGUGAUUACUGACUUGGUUGGGGAGUCGAGGAAGCGAUUUUGUUGCCAAAGCUCUUUGAUAUUCCAUAACCUCAACCUGUUUGAUUCCAAUACGACGCUCCUGUUUUUGGUCCGAAAUAAGACCGAGUGACGAUAGAUUUUACAAAUGUGUUCCUUAGGGUGUGUCUUAAAAGUACCCCCCAAAAAAUUUUUUAUUAAUAUUUUAAAUGGACCAAGCUGUAAUUAUGUUCCUUUUGACUGAAAAACCUGCCACAUACAACUGGAGUCCAUUUGCACUGUGUUGAACGAUGCCACAGUUGGAUUUUUGAUCGUUUAUCACCUGAGAAUGACCAACAACAGCCUUCAUCUGGUCACUUUCAUCUGGUCACUUUCAUCUGGUCACUUUCAUCUGGUCAC